AUGAAGCUCCCCGCCGCCUUGCUGUACGCCCUCUCUUUCGCUACUACCCCUGUCGAUGCUCAGGUUGGUCAUACUGGCGACUCUGUCGGCUGCGUGGUUGCUGUCAACGGGAAAAAAGAACUCUUCAAAAUCACCGUAGCGUUCGCCAAGGCCAUGGCUGUGCGGGGUGGAGAUGUGGGAAACAUUCCGGGCAGGGAACCAAGCCUCUACAAGGGUCCUAUAACGACAUGGUACGAUCCAAGCUGCAACACGCAAAAUGCCAGAGUUCUGUCGUACCCCAUCUACCGUGAUGGUCGUAUCCCCGGACUCCCUACCCCCAUUGGUGACAUGACCAAAUACAGAACAAUCUACGUCAUCAAGGGCAGCGGGAGAUUGGCGUGGUGUGGUGUGGAAUACAACGGCGUCGAGUGUCUCCUGACCUACCCGUAG